GCGGCACGUCCGGCAUGAGGCUGAAGAGAGAUCGUUUUGCCUGCACCGACUUCCGACUCCCGCGGCGAGUGAAGCUCGCAAGGCUCUGCCAGUCACGGUGUGGGCAAUUGAAUUGGUUGUGAGUGGUGCUGCAGUGGAUCGCUUGCACUUUGGUACGGGGUCUUCGCCCUUAUUUCUCGGCUUGCCAAUGCGUGAUUAUUAUUUCGGGGCAGAGCCAACUGAGCAAGGGAUUAUUCGUUCAAGCGGCAGUGUUAUGCAAUAUGUAACAUUAGCAACAGCACAUCAUUUCUCGCAGGCAAAAGGAUGUUUUUUUCGCGCAUGACAUGAACACGGUCGGCGAGGCCCGAGGAAAUGCUGCCAGUAAAAAGUUGAUGUUGUCUGAUGUCAUGGUGAUGAACGCCGACAUUCGACCCUGACAAGACCAUAUACAUAGUUGUUGUAGCUCUACCAUUUAUUCUUCAAUAAUAUCAGCGUUGACUUUGUCUUUCAUCUACUACUGCUCAUAUACAGUGAGCCAGACAUAUCGUCAGCGCAGACAUAACUCUCCACAGCGACAUAGAGUUGUCUGACGGACGGAGCCUCUCCUGGCCAUUCAACAAUCACUGACUAAAAGGCCGAAGGCUGGCAGCUCCCCGCAGUGUCCCAUAAAUUGCUUCUGCUGCUGCUUUCGAGGCCAAACGAGCAAUAAUACGAAGACGUCCUUUUCGCCUCUCGCCGCACGCCAUAAUUCUUUACGUCGACAUACAAUAAUAAAUCCAUACUCGCCUCUCACGACUUCGACGUUCUGACUUUCGGCCAUCUAUCUGUUUGCUCUCUGAAGCUUGGAGCUGUUCCCCGAUCCUCGCAGACGUCACAUAAUCACGCCAUAGCGCAGCCUUACCACACAACCUCCCAUACCGCCAUCCAUACGCUUUCACCAUGAAGAUCCUCACCAAGGAAGAAGAAGCAGCCCACUACCGGGCGACCCUGAAAGGAGGGAUCCUCGGUGGUGUCACCGGCCUCGCCGUUGGCUUUGUGGGCGUGAUGGCCGCUCAGCGCCGCUACCAUUUGAUCCGCAACCUGACGCUGCCAAUGAAGGCAUUUCUGGUCACCAGCAGCGGCACGUUUGCCGGCAUUAUCACGGCCGACCACUUCUCCCGCUCAUUCGAGGCCGAGACGAACCCUUACCAGAGGGAAUACCGCCAGUUGGAGACGGAAAGAGCCGAAGCUGAGCGACGGAACAAGACCUUCACCGAGCGGGCCAUGGAUUUUGGUCGUAAAGAACGCUACAAGAUCGUGGCCGGUUCAUGGCUAGCCUCGAUUGCUGCCGCCUUCGCCAUCGUCAACCGCAACCCGUACUUGACUGGUCAGCAGAAGAUCGUCCAGGCUCGUGUGUACGCCCAGUUUCUGACUCUGGGUGUGCUCGUGGUCACGGCCGCCUUUGAGAUCUCGGAUUCGCGCAGCUCACAGGGUCGGUUUGAGACAGUCCGCUAUGUCGACCCUUCGGAUCCUGAACAUAAGCGCAUCCUCGAGAAGCAGGUCGAGCGUGAGGUCAGCAGCCAAGGCGGUGGCGGCGGUAGCGACGAUAUGUGGAAGCAAAUGGUUGCCGCCGAGGAGGAGCGCAUCAAGGAGCGUGAGGCUCGUCACCAAGAGUAUCUGCGCGAGCACCCCAAGAAACACAACGGCAACGGCAAGAAGCAGACCGAGAAUUCCGGAGACAAAUAAAGGCUCUAGCGACCAGAGGAGUAACUCGUUGUCAGAGACCUCCCUUUACAGUCGGGUCGCCAUCCGUUGUCCUUGCGCGGAAUAUCUGACAACUUCUCCUUCCUCCCCGGCGUUGCCAAUCGAUUUGGGCUUUAGUGUCCAUUUGACAGUUUCGAUCUCUUGUACAUUUCUCAAUGUGGAUUCAAGGUGGUCCCACUGCUCGCGCCCACGCCCACAAUGCAUUUCACGGUCGAAGGGCGAUUCAUAUUGUUCCCCCCUUGCGGCUGUCUAGCUCAGCGACGUAACAGGCCGCUGAAAAUUCGGCGUAUUCGGCGUUCUCCUUUACUCAAACGCAGCGUUUCCGUCUGUUUUGGCCCUCGACAGGAUGGUGCUGGAUGAUUGCGAAAGUCAGAUUGAAGCCAAAGUCUAAGAAGGCAAUGUCAACUAUCGUUUUGGAUCGCGCUCAACCCUUUUUCUGACUUCCUCAAAAAUGGGCCUUCUAUAUCGUUAUCUUUCGCUGUGAUUCUGUACGUAGGUAGACUCCAUGAAAAGUAUAAAAUUAAUAUGCCCUCCAUAAUUGUAUAUACAAAGUAUUGUAAUCCUCAUCCCUCGUAGCCAGAACGCCCUGCUGUUCCAAUACUGCAAUCUAAUCUAUAUACGCAAGAGGCUUCUAUUGUGAGUCCCCACAACCACCAUCUGGGAGGACAGCGGCCCAACUGCCAGUGCUACGUGCGACGAGGGCUGCGCGAUAUGAAGCAGAUUCUAUCCGCGCGAGAACUCCUCCAGAAGCUCCUGAUCCAAUGCCAACCAGUUCGCCGCCACGGCCAGACCGCGGAGACGCUCCUUUUCAAUGCGAUGCCAAUCCCAGUCGUCCUCUUUAAAUGAGGCGGUAGACGGUUCCCGGGACUCUGUAACAUCACUUUGCGACACCUUCUCUGUUGUGGUCUCCAGCUUUUCAACCAAUUCCGUCGUGGCGGCGAGCGCCGGUUCAGGAACCGAUGCUUGGAGGCCUUCCGGAGUGGUAUCCGCGGACGGUUCAGACGCAGCUUCUUUAGCCGCUUCCGCUUGCGGUUUCUCUGAAUCCGCCGGCUUUGGAGGCAGCCAACCGGCCGUAGCGAAGCAUCGUUCAGGAGGAACUGUAAACCGACCCUUUUUGACCACGUAUUUGCUCAAAGCGGACGCCAACAAGACCUCCUCUUUCCCCCUUUUGGCAGGUCGAAUGAACCAGCUGGCCACGACGAUCCAUUUCCGGUCCCAGCCCAGCACGCGCGAGCGGACCUCGUACCGUUCAUAGGGCGCAAUCUCACGGUGAAACGAGGUGUGCACACUGCCCAGGAUGACCGCCAAUCUGCCCCUGUGUCCGUCCCUUUCUAGGUUUUUCGCGCCCUGCUUCAGGCCUGGGAUCAGAACCUUGGUCAUCAGGGCAGUCCUGCUCUCGUCCAGGUCGGAGAAGUAAGUGCUGUUGCUCUUGUGCAGGUUGUAGUCGGUUUCGAGCAGCGGCGAAUGCGAGAAUAUAGAAACCGGUUCAAACAGAGGAUGCCGAUGUGUAGGAGAGGUUCCGACUACUGCCAGUGAGGCCGUACGUUUGAUCCGCGCCUCGCUGUACCAGUUGGCAAGCAUGCGGUACAAAAGUCGGAAAUGCCAUGCUAGCGGUAGGGCUUUGAGGUUGACGACGGCGAAUAUUAUUGCGACUGUUCGCCACGAGAUGAGAGAGUGUAUCGACGGCAUUGAGAGUAAAGGCAUGGCUCUGAAAAGGAGGGAAUAUCGUCGCGUUCCAACUUGUGCUGGUAUUUAGAAACGGCGGUAUUAAGCGGAUUGAAGGGAAGUAUUAUAUUGUAUAUCAAGAUCCAGGCGCUGCCACGAGGGUGAUGCUUGUUCUUUUAUAACAUCUAUUAGUAGAGGGUCAAGCAACGAAUGUACAAUGCCA